GUUUGUAUGUCUAGCAACUCGUGACUGGCUGGCGAUCAUUGAGCUCGAGCAAGAACAACGUUUUCAGACCGGUAUUGAAGCUGUAUGAAACUCACAGCAACACACACACACACACACAGUCAAUCAGAACUCACAUACACUUGCCACAACAACAGCUCUAGCCAAGUGAGAACAACAUCGCCAUGACAUACGAGAUUGAUAUGAUCAACAGGGAUCCCAAUGGUCUCAACGAUCAUGUCAAGGUAGGUUGAAGAUACAAAAGUUUUAAAUAUCGGUUUUUAUAGAUUGUUAAGUGUGUAGUAAUGAAGAUUAUGUACAGCGUAAAGUAUAUAAUUAAUGAAGAUUAAAUCGAUUUUAAAGUAUGUAGUAAUGAAGAUCAUAUAUAUUAUAAAGUGUGUAGUAAUGAAGAUUAUUUACAUUGUAAAGUAUAUAAGAAAUGGAGAUUAUAUAGAUUGUUAAGUAUGAAGUAACGAAAAUUAUGUAGAUAGUAAAGUAUGUAGUAAUGAAGAUAAUGUAGAUUGUAAAGUAUGUAAUAAUGAAGAUUCUUUAGAUUUUAAAGUGUGUAGUAAUGAAGAUUAUGUAGUUUAUAAAGUAUGUAGCAAUGAAGAUUAAAUAGAUUGUGAAGUAUAAUCGUUCUUGUUGUUUCCCAUUACAUCAUAGAGCUUGGACUACUUCACCUGAUCUCCAAGCAAUGUGUAUUCUAAGAAAUAUAGCUUAGGUAGCUAAGAUUAUUAUUUAAACUUGAGUUACUUAAGUGCAUCACAGCAUAGGUCUUACUCUAAACGUUCUAAGCGAAUUUAAAUAGCCAAAUUUUGUGUAGCUCCUAUCACAAUGGUUCUGCUAUUAAACUGAAGUUGAUUCCUUUUAAAAGUCGAUAUUAUAAAUUCUGCCAUAAGACUAAUUCAAACACACUGAAAUCGAUCUUCUAUUGAAUGGUGUUAUUCAUUUCUUUCCUUCAAUUGAUCACCGCCGUAGUGGAAGGUACACCACUGUCAUGUUUUACCGUAUCAUAUCUAAAAAUACCCACUGCGAAAUUUAUAUUGACUAAUGGCUGCUAAAGAAUUCAAGGGGUGUGUACGUCACAAAUUACGGUUAAAAGACUGUUUUAUUUUCGGUUAAAUUUUUAGAGGGUCCCCCCCCCCCGCCCCCACACCGCACUUAUAAGACUGUGAGAAAUUUUGUAUAGCAUGUUUUUGUGAAUUUAAACAUAUUAAGAUUCAAGUGAAGAACAGGGUCUUAAGUGGAUUUUGACUGUUUUAUUUUCCGUUAAAUUUUUAGAGGGGCCCCCCCCCCCGCCCCCACACCGCACUUAUAAGACUGUGAGAAAUUUUGUAUAGCAUGUUUUUGUGAAUUUAAACAUAUUAAGAUUCAAGUGAAGAACAGGGUCUUAAGUGGAUUUUUGGGGCCCGAGCAAAUCCAAAACUUUUGGGCAUCACAAAUUUUUAAGUUAAUUUUCUCAAAGUUUUUGAGACAUUACACCAUUCACUAAAGAACUUUUCGCUUAAAUGUCUCUCAUCAGAUCACUCUGAUCUGCGAUUCAAGACGAUGUAGUCUUCUUUGUGAGGCGUGUCUGUUCACGCUCUGCAACGGGGAUCUACUUCUUAUUCAAUUCUCCAUCAUGAGAUCAUUUCAAGUGCUAAAAUCAUGCGAUUUCGCUUUUCAGAACAAACUCUUAGAGUGCGUAGAGAGAAUGAGUUUGACUUCUUGAUGCACACAUCAAUUAGCGUCAGUAUGGCUUGCAACUUAAACAAAAAAAAAAAAAAAAAAGUUUAAUUUCUUAAAACAAUUGGUAACUGUACACCAACUUAGGGCAUUACACAAUUUUUUUUUCGUUUUUGUUGGUGUCCUUCACUUUUUAAAAUUUAAAUGUAGAGAUCGGAAGAUCAAGAAAAUUUUACUUUAAAUCAUUUAUAAAUAUAUUCCUCUCUUAAUUCUGAAGUGUGUACAUGUAUGUUAUAGCCCUAUUAAAAAAAAAAUAUAAUGAAAAGGACGUCUCGCCUGAAAGCCUUCGUAAAAAAUAAACAACAAAAAACAACAGCAAAACUAUAAAAACAAUAGAGAAAACAAUCACAAAUUAUUUUAGCAAAAAAGGAAAUUUUUCAAAAAUCAUUUACAGCUGUACUUCGGGAUACGAACUUAAUUCGUUCCGAACUCGGUGCGUAACCUAAAACAUUGAAAUCAAUGAAAUAGAGACAAUUCGUUUCUUGAUGAAGGAUUCGUUCUUUUUAUUAACAAUCGGUCGUUUAUCUGACAAAACGCAAAGAAUACGUUCACAACGUGUAUUAAAUAAAAGGAAUGAAAACAUCCAAAUAAAUUAAAUGUAAAAUUUAAAUUAAAAAAGGAUUUAGUCUGUGUUUCUUAUCAAGAAAACGAUCGUGGGAAAUGUGUCAGUUUCUGUGCUACUCUAAAUCAUUCGUUUCAGGAACUUCUUGCCACUGUUUCUUGACAGCCAACUGGGAAUAUUUCUGCACCAAGAAACUAUCAAGGGAAAUGUGUCUCUUCCUUUGCUGGAGAAUCUUUCUGAAGUGGGACAUCGCGUUAUCAUUCAUCAAGUUUACUUGCCCCCCCCCCCCUGUUGGCAACACGUUUUUCUGGAUGAUGGUUCACAAUGAAAUCUUCGACGUCUGCCCACCUGCUGCUAAUUUAUGAAAUGCUGUCAGCUGAAACGGUCACCGGCUCCUCGUGAUCGGACUACUGCUCCUCCUUUAAUGUAUUGAGCUGUUCAAUACGAAGAUCUACAAGUUCACCUGUUGCUCCUCCUUUAAUGUAUUGAGCUGUUCAAUACGAAGAUCUACAAGUUCACCUGUUGCUCCUCCUUUAAUGUAUUGAGCUGUUCAAUACGAAGAUCUACAAGUUCACCUGUUGCUCCUCCUUUAAUGUAUUGAGCUGUUCAAUACGAAGAUCUACAAGUUCACCUGUUGCUCCUCCUUUAAUUUAUUGAGCUGCUCAAUACGAAGAUCUACAAGUUCACCUGUACUAGACUAGAAGGCUUGCUCUAAGCGAUGUUAGUGCUGCGUGGUCUUCGUUUGUGCUGUACGUGAUCGUUUGUCUCCAACGUGAAACCUUGCUCUUCCCACCCACCCCCUCUCUCUCUCUCUCUCACACACACACACACACAUACACACACACACACUAUCGACUUCGUUCAUAACGCGAGGCACUGCUCGUUACCUGAGACAAAAAAAAAUAAAUUUGAAGUUGUUGUUCAUAGCCCGAAUUGUUCAUGAUCUGAGGCGUUCGUAAACCGAGGCUACACUGCAUAAUUAUUGAUAGCCAUGAUGUUGUUUUUUUUACAGAGUGAGUAACAUCAUAAUCUCUUUGAAUUAAACCAAACAGCAUGACACACUUUUGCCCUUUCUCUCCAGGUCCUCUUUGAAGACGUCCUCGCUGAGCCAGACGGCGCCCACUCCUACAAGUGUUUGUGGAACUGCGCCUACGAAUGUUUCAACUGCUGGAAAGGCUGCUGCUACAAGACCUUGACCCUACUGUGCGGCAUCCCGCUGGCCAUCUACUGGGGGUGCGAGUUCGCCAUCAUCACCUUCUGGCACGUGUGGUACAUCAGCCCGUGCAUGCGGGCCUACAUGAUCAACUGCGGAUGUCUGCAGAAGUUCUACGGCGCGUGUCUGCAGUGUUACCUCCAGCCGUUGUGUGAUGCGUGCGGCUACUUCUUGAGUAACAUCCGGGUGACGAGCUAUUCAGGAUAACGCUAAACUGGAUGGAUCAUUCCUUGUUUGACGGGCUUCCACAACAUUUUUAAAGACGAGAGUAAGCAAAAUGGUUGUGCCGAUGACAUCAUCCGUUUAUGACGCAGACCAUUUUUUCACACAUAAAUAUGUUUCUUUGCUCCCAAAACAUUGACUUUGUUCAACUUCACAGUCAACUGAAGCAAUCAGAAAAUAGAAUAUUCAAAUUUUUAAACUAUACAUUUGUUUGCAAAAUUCACGCUUUUUCAGUAAUUUAAAAAAGAAAUGGUCUAAAUAAACACCUCUCUAUCUCAUAAAUUGUGUUCAUUUUUUUUUCGAACUGGAUUUUUUCAGUAAUAUAACAAUAUAAUACAUAAUAAUAACACCUUUCAUAACAAAUCAAAAGAAAGGCAACGAAUUCGCUCUUGCAUUUAUUUGAAGUAAAAAGAAGAGUUACCCAAAUCAAAUUAAGCGCAGAAACAUAGGUAAGAUAUAAGACAUACAUCAAAUAAAAAGAACGACAGUUCUCAUUAUACACGUUUUCCUGAUUGAAAUACAAAAACCAAGUAAAAAUAUUAUUUUAAAAAUAAUUUUUGAAAUUCUUUUUUUUUGGUUCUGUUUAAGAUGGAGAGUUGGCUGACUCAUUUGUAUUCACUGCUGCACCUGGCUCUCUUAGUUUAAACGGAAGUUCUGUGUAUCCAGUGCUUGGUUCAGCUUUCGAGAGGCCCUAGGUUAGUUUAAUUUUGAGGCCCCAUCAUCACUUAAUAAAAGUAAAAUAAAAAAAAAAUAGUGCUUUCUAAAAUAUUCAGUUGUUUGUUAGCGUUUGCACAAACCAUUGUAAUAAUAAUGUUUGUUAUAUAUUUGUGUUAUAUCAAAUAUCAAUUAUACUGCAGUAUGUACAUUUUAUAACCUGGAAUUUGUUCUUAAGAAGGUAAUGUCCACAUGAUAGUGCAGCACUAAGUCCAACUUAUCAUUAAUCAAUAGAAUAUAUGACCCGAGGUUACUGCGAUAAUAAUGGUAGGCAUUUUGCGAUACUUUCUACAAGCCAUUGCGAAGUCUCGACCCCCUAACGUAUAUAACUGACACAGGUUUUGAUGUUGUGUAGACUUAUAAAAAAAACAACAAAACGACGCCAUUCCAUUGACUUGAAAUGAAUAUUUAGGAAAUAGUUAACCAGACUUUCCUUAUUUUAAAAAAAGAAAUCUAAACAAUGACUUUUACGUUUCUAACAUCAUUUUAGCUUUGAGAAAAAAUUAACUGCCAUAUAAUAUUUGCUAACCCUAACAAUGUACGCCCACCUGAAUUACAUUUUUCUCUCUUUAAAAAUUGUCACUAAAAAAAAAACUACACAAAAAAACAAACAAACAAAACAUGUCCUUAAAUUUACCCCUCAAAAAUCUAUAUUCAAUUGCUUUUAAAUUAACAAAAUUUGAUAUAUUGAUAUCUUCAUUAAAAAUGUAACCAAACUUUCCUCUCGCUUCUCUUGUUUAGUAUCGGAAAAUUGUAAAAUACAAACUUUUUUUAUCGAAAAAAAAAUCUCUUAACCAAUUUUCACGUCUGUAACAGCCAUGUGUGUUUAUAUUUAAAAUAAAAUUUGCUUAAUUUCAUAGAUAUUUUUACCCACAUUUUCUUGAACUUUACUUUACUAAGUGGAAGCAAAAAUAUAUUUUCAUAAUUUAAAAAAAAAAAAAAUCAUAACGCAUCUUUGUUCACGCCCAUGAACUUUAAAGGAACAAAAUAUGGCUCUAUUUUUAAGAUUAAAUGUUUCGGUGGGUAUAAUGAUUGCGUUUGAGAAGUAUUUUUAGGUGCUGGUAUGCUUAUGUAAAUGUACCCAAUUUUUUCGACACCCUUGGACUAUAUUUUCUAAAUUAUACAUUUAUUUUAAAAGGAGAUGCAACACCUCUUUUUCACGACUGCAAUAUCUUUGGAUUUAAAGAUAUUGUCAUCCACAAAAAAAUGUACACAUUCCUCCCCCUGAUUUGUGUUUACCGAAGAACGUUAAUUAUUUAUCAAAUUCUCUCCUUCAUUCUUAGGCGUAUCUUGUGCUGCCUGGGGCAAAAUGAAAGUUUCAAACUCCCCCUCCUCCCAUGUUUUUUAAUAAAAUUUAAAAAAAAAUCAUGCACGGGAAUGAUAUCUCCUUACAUAAGCAACAAAACAUUUUUGCACGCCCCUCAAAUUUAUUAAAAUUGUAAAACGCCAGCACCUUUUAAAACAUAUUGUUUUAUAUUUUCUUUAAAAAUUGGUUUGACGUAUUUCUCCGG